GGUCCUACUGUCAGUCCCACAGUGUCUCUGCUCCCCCCCUCCUCUGAGCAGCUCUCUGGGGGCUCUGCCACACUGGCCUGCCUGCUGACUGGCUACUCCCCUCAGGGGGCGCUGGUGAGCUGGGAGGUGGACGGGCUGGAGGUGAGCAAGGGGGUCGUGACCAGUCCAGAAGAAGAGAAGGAAGGCCUUUACAGACGCAGCAGCACCUUGACACUGAGCAAGGCAGGCUGGGAGCAGGGAGAGCUCUACACCUGCAGGGUCUCCCACUUCCAACACACCCAGGCCUCCCCCCUUCGCAGGAGCCAGUGUCUGGGCUAGGGUCUACGGGAGGCCCACAACAGGAGCUCUGUCUGGGGAAGCAGGAGUAGACGAGGCUCUGGUCUGGGCUGGGGUAGAGUAGUGUCCUGAGUAAACUCUAGUACUGCUGGGGAGACCACAGUCUGGGUAGUAAUGUGUAUUGUAUAGAGUAGAGGAGACUUCUAUGUGUUCUCUACUCAGACUGUUACUGUGAUGUUGCUAUCUGCCUCAGUUCUAAUAAAGCUUGAUUUGGAAAAUAACAUGAUGGAUUAGUUGACUCAUUUAUUUACUGUGACAAUGAAUGGAAAUGUAGCUACAGCUAGGUUGUAGUUUCUGUCAUAACUAUAUUUCUCCUCCAAGUGUGAGUAAGAUAUGUCAUCUGUCCUAUAGUGACUGUUUGUUGUAGGUGUUCUGCUGUUUCACGCUCAGUCUCCCUCUCCUUCUCUCUCUCUCUCUCUCUCUCUCUCUCUCUCUCUCUCUCUCUCUCUCUCUCUCUCUCUCUCUCUCUGACCCCCUGUGGACAGAGAUGCUAUAUUCUAGGAGAAGCAAAACCAUCCCACCAUGAUCUUGCAAAUCAGGGCUGCAUUCAGUGAGGUGAAACGUUUCGAACGUUAAAGAUAGAAAUACAAUGAAUAGAGCUAACAUUCCAUGUUCUAUUUGACAGAUAAUGAUGUCUGUUCUACACAAUUAAUUUAUAUCUGAACAUUCCAGAGGUGAAGGUCAAUGGUGUGGUAGUAAAGUGGUGGUUUCUAUAUGGAGGUGAAGUAAUGGUUAUGGUUGUGUAGAGGAGGUGGUUUGGUGAACUAUGGUCCUGUCAUGAUGUAACCAGAGUAAGGUUGUCCUGGUGUGGGACUGUCUAACGCUGUGUGUUUCAUGUCAGAGUCUGUUGCUCCUCAACACCUGCAGUAGGUCCCAGCUGCAGAAGUACAGUCACUGUGCAGUCUGACUGAGGGAGGUUUUUGUACGACUCUAAAUCACUGUGUGAAACGCUCCAUAUACACCCAUACCAUAGUAAUCUCCUGCAUCUUCAACUUGGACACCAGUGAUGGUAAGAGUGUACUCAGUACCUGAUCUACUGCCACUGAAUCUAGAUGGUGUUCCAGACUGAAGUCUAUUUACUUUAUUGAUGAGGUGUUUAGGAGCCUGUCCAGGUUUCUGCAGGUGUGUGGUGUUUACAAUACUUUUAUUUGGAUUAUUAUGACUAAUCAAUGCUAAUUUCUCCUCUGUUUCCAUUUCAGAGUCAUCUGCUAAUCAUUUCCUGAAUCAAAAUCUGUUAGUCUGGGAAAGACCGUAUCUCUCAGUGCUACAGGAGGUUCAGGUAUUGGUAGUGACAUGAGCUGGUAUCUUUUUAACAUUUAAAAAGUCACAAAAAGUGAUUAUUGAGAAAUAGUUGUAUUUUUGGAUGUUUAAUAGAUUUAAUUCAAAUUAUUUACAAUGUUUCCAUAUUAUCUAAUAAUCUUUCAAGGAUAAUAAUGUCAUAUACCAAACAUCUGUGAAUAGAAAAUGAUAACUUUAGUGUUUGACCAGUGGACGAAGGCCGGCUCAGUCACCUGUGAGGCCACCCUAAAGGACCAGACCCCUGUCACUCACACACUGGAGCCACACCACUGCUCCCAG